AUGGGUAGGAGAAAGAUUAAGAUGGAGAAAGUGCAAGACACAAACACGAAGCAAGUUACCUUCUCAAAACGUAGGCUGGGUUUGUUCAAGAAAGCGAGCGAGCUUGCGACUCUGUGCAACGCGGAGGUUGGUAUUGUUGUCUUUUCUCCAGGAAACAAACCGUAUUCCUUCGGGAAACCGAAUUUUGAUGUGAUUGCAGAACGGUUUAAGAAUGAAUUCGAAGAAGAAGAAGAAGGAGAUAGCUGUGAAACAUCAGGCUAUAGUAGAGGCAAUAGAGCUAGACAGGAGAAGAAGAUAUGUAAACGCCUCAACUCGAUUACUGAAGAAGCUGAAGCUGAGAAGAAACAUGGUGAAGAUCUUCACAAGUGGCUUGAAUCUGCUGAACAGGAUAAGUUCAAUAAGCCCAUUGAGGAGCUUACGCUUGAGGAACUCAAGGAAUUUGAGGCUAAGAUUAAGAAAAUAAGCUGUGGGAUCCAAAGUAACAUUAGUCAUAUGCAGGCUUCGUCUUCUCUCAUGUUUCUCUCUAAUGAUAAUUAG